CUCCAGGGGAUUGUCACCAAAGUGGGUUGCAUGAACAAGACAGCCACAGUCAGCGUUGCCCGUUGGGCCGUCCACCCACGAACGAAGAAACGUUUGGAACGCGUGAAGAAGUACCUCACUCAUGACCCCCAGAAUCAGCUACGUCUAGCAGACGAAGUGACGAUCCAGAACUGUCCACCCAUCUCAGCGCGGAAACGAUUUCAGCUAUAUAAGGUGUUGAAGAGUCCCGAAGCGGAAAGAGAGGAGCGA